GGAAUCACACACCUAAACACCAGCGGAAACUCAUGUUUUUUUUAGCAGACGACAAAAACAGCACGGUGAACUUGUUUCCUCCCUCACUCAUCUAGGCACCCUCAUCUAUAAUACCAGCUGCAAUAUUACAGGGAUUUAGAAAAAGAGCGACCACCUAACCUACCAUGGCCCUAGCAUCAAUUCUCGGAGACACACUUGUCAAGAAAGACAAAACCACCGUCCAAGUCAGUGACAUCACAGGUCCCGGCAAAGUAGUUGGACUUUAUUUCUCGGCUCACUGGUGCCCUCCGUGCCGUGCCUUCACCCCACAGUUCGCUGAGUGGUACCAAGCGUUCAAGAAGACGGCGAACGGAGCAAACUUAGAGGUGGUGUUCGUCAGCUCGGAUAGAGAUGAGAAGUCAUUUCAGGAGUAUUUUAAUGAGAUGCCAUGGCUGGCUCUGGACUAUGCUAAACGAGAUGCCAAGGAUAAACUAAGCAAGAAGUUCAAGGUAUCUGGUAUCCCGACCCUAGUCUUUCUGGAUGGAGACUCGGGCAAGGUGAAUGAAGCUGACGGUCGGAGUGUUGUCAUGGAGGAUAAGACGGGAGAAAACUUCCCCUGGACUCCAAAAUCAUUUGAAGAGGUAUUCAGUGGCGUUGUCAUCAACAACAGCAAAGAAGAGAAGAAGACUGAGGAACUCAAAGGCAAAGUGCUCGGUCUGUACUUCUCAGCUCAUUGGUGUGGUCCAUGCAGAGGCUUCACCCCUCAGCUCGUCAAAUCUUACAACAAGAUGAAGGAAGAUGGGAAGAAUCUUGAGAUGGUCUUUUGCUCUAGUGACCGGGACGAGGCAAGCUUCAUGGAGUACUUCAAGGAGAUGCCAUGGCUCGCCCUACCGUUUGGGGAUAAACGCAAGACAGCCCUCUCUAGGAUGUUCAGUGUCCAGGGCAUUCCCACCUUGGUGUUUAUUGAUGAGAACUUCAAGGUGAUAACAACCGAUGGAAGGUCAGCAAUAGACACUGACCCCGAAGGAAAGGAAUUUCCGUUUCAUCCCAAGCCGGUGAAUAUGCUGACCGGAGCUGCAGCAGGAACCAUCAAUGAAAACGUCUCACUCAUCUGGUUUGCAGCUGAUCCAGCCGGUGCAGCGUCCUUCAAGGAGAUGCUAUUCCCAGUCGCUGAUGAAAUCAUCCAAGCAGCCAAGGCUAAGGAUGAUACCUCACCCAUGGACUUCUUUGUGACAUGCGAAGAGGAAGAUGAAGAUGAUAUCAUGGAUGGUCUGAUGGAGUUCUGCCAACUCGACAAGAGUAAAAUCCCGUUCCUGGUCAUCGUUGACGUCUCGUCACAAAGCAUCUACAAAGAUUUUGAUACCAAGACCCAUACUGCCGACUCGCUGAAGACGCUCAUCAACAAGUACAUUGACGGCAAAAUUGAGACAUCCAAGCUGCGUUAAUAGGCGUCUCUAUAUACCCACUGGGGCCCUCUAUUGAUGGCAACACGCCAGCCUUUUUCUCUAUUGUGGUGUACCUUAACUGACAGGCAUUCAACUUUUCAGCUGAUUUCCUCUGUUUCUUUUUAAAACAGCCAUAGAAAACUGAAAAACACUACUGAAGUAUAGUGUGAUCAGCCAUUUCCUCUUUUUUUGCAAUUAGACAGUUGCAUGUCAGGAAUAAAUGAGCAGCCGGGUACCAAUUAUGGCUGGUACAUGUGGCAUGGUCUUUGGACUGGUAACCUUUCUGGUAAGCGUAGUUUUUGAGCUUAAACAGCUUCACGAAAUUGGGCCCAGAUAGCAAAUUUAAUGGAGUUGGUAACACAUUAUAGGAAGAUAAGACCUUAACCAUUUAGCCACUGGACCGCCCAGCCGCCUAUCGAUAAACUGUAUGUGGUAGGAGGACCCCUUGCUAGCUUGUGUCUGUAGAAAAAAAAGGAACGUCAAAAGAAUCCUCGAUAGUCAUUAUUAAGCUAAUGAAGCUAAUGAUGAUGAAAUAAU